CUGCAGUUUCAGGAUGUGCACUACAAAGUUGCAGGAAAGGGUGGUAGUAGUGGAGAGAAGGUGAUACUUGAUGGAAUCACUGGUGGUGUAAAGCCAGGGGAGUUGCUUGCUCUGAUGGGUCCAUCAGGUAGUGGGAAAACAACCCUGCUCAAUCUUCUAAGUGGAAAGAUCAAAUCUGAAACCACUGGCAGCAUCACAUACAAUGAUCAACCAUACACCAAGUCACUCAAGAGAAGGAUUGGUUUUGUGACACAAGAUGAUGUUGUCUUCCCUCAUCUCACUGUCAAGGAAACCUUAACUUACUCAGCAUUACUACAGCUUCCUAGUGUCCUGAGUAGACAGCAGAAGCGAGACCGGGCUUUGAAUGUCAUCACUGAGCUAGGUCUCGAUAGAUGCCAAAACACAAUGGUUGGUGGCAAGUUUAUGAGAGGAGUAUCUGGAGGUGAGAGGAAAAGGGUGUGCAUAGGGAAUGAAAUCCUGCUGAAUCCAUCGCUUCUGUUCUUGGAUGAGCCAACCUCUGGCCUGGAUUCCACCACUGCACUUCGAAUCGUCCAGUUACUGCAAAACAUGGCUGAGGAAGGAAAAACGGUGGUGACGACUAUACAUCAGCCAUCCAGUAGGGUUUUCAGCAAGUUUGAUAAGCUCAUUCUGUUGGGCAAAGGCAGCUCCUUGUACUUUGGGAAAGCAUCCGAGGCCAUGCUGUAUUUCUCCUCGAUUGGGUGCUAUCCGCUCAUAGCAAUGAACCCAGCUGAGUUUCUCGUCGAUCUUUCCAAUGGAGAUGUGAAUGACAAGUCUGUUCCUGCUCAACUGGAUGAUGACAAGUUGGCUUUUAAGAGCAGACAUUCACCAGCUGAAGUUCAAGAGGUGAAACAUCCAAUAACUCAUCUUUUUCUUGUCGAGGCCUACAGAUUAAAAGUCGGAGAAGCAGACAGAAAACCAGCUUCAGUCCUAAAUGGCAAGGUAGAGAUCACAGCUGGGGAGGUAAAAUCAAGGGACUUUGAAGCAACUUGGUGGGAUCAGUUCUCAAUCCUAUUUCAGAGGGGAUUCAAAGAGAAGCGCCACGAGUAUCUUAGUACGAUUCGUGUGGUACAAGUCAUAGCCAUAGCCGUUGUGGUGCUACUACUUUGGUGGCAUUCUGAUGCUUCAUCUCCUCAGAAACUCCAGGAUCAGGCUGGGUUGUUGUUCUUCAUCUCAGUGUUCUGGGGCUUCCUUCCUUUGUUCAAUUCUGUAUUCACAUUCCCACAAGAAAGACUGAUGCUGGCUAAAGAAAGAUCAGUUGGCAUGUACAAGCUGAGUGCAUAUUUUGCUGCAAGAAGUGCCUGUGACCUCCUCUUGGAUCUCACAUUGCCUAUUCUGUUCCUUCUGAUGGUCUACUUCAUGGUGGGCCUUAAAUCGAGCUUCUCCGCAUUUUCUCUUACCCUCCUGGCCCUUUUCCUCAACAUCAUUGCUGCUCAGGGUCUUGGACUGGCAAUAGGUGCAGCAUUCAUGGAUCUGAAGAAAGCAACAACAAUUGCUUCUGUUGUUGUGAUGUCCUUCAUGUUAUCUGGUGGAUUUUAUCUCAAGAAUGUCCCGGGGUUUAUGGAGUGGGCGCGCAAUGUAUCAUUCAACUACCACACAUACAAGCUGCUGCUGAAGAUCCAGUACAGCUGUUCGUUAGGGCGGUCUGAUGUCGAAUGUGGGUUCAUCAGAGAAAUGGGAGUGGGUUCAGGUGGGCUGGAAGUUGGUGCUUUGUUUGUGAUGAUCACAGCUUAUCGCUUACUUGCAUAUUUGUUCUUAAGGAAGAUGAAGCUGUAUUGA